ACAGACAGCACUGGAAGGACAAUGUUGCACAUCCUGAUAUUCAGUUUGCUGUUCAAAGCCUCAGCCUCGCAAAUAACUGGAUAUGGAAAUACAACAGCUGAGUAUGGCGGGGAGGCGCAUUACAGGUGCACACUGGGAAACCAAAAAGGUGUGCUCCAGGUCACGUGGCAGAGGCUUUUCAAGGAUAACUCAAUAGAAAACUUGGCAACCUACAGCGAGCGGUUUGGACAACAAGUAAAUGGGCCUUAUCUCGGAAAAGUGAUCUUCACAGAAGCGACCCUGAGCUCAACAUCCAUCACUCUUAACAAUGUAUCAUGGCAAGAUGAAAGCUGUUAUAUCUGCUCAUUUAACGUGUAUCCUGAUGGGUCCAAAACGAAGAAGACUUGCCUCAAGGUGCAAGGAAUAUCGGCUGUGAACACAAUGUAUGUUCCCAGAGGUGGGACCGAGGGGGAAAACAAGGAGGUCGAGUUCAGCUGCUCUGCCACAGGUAAACCAGCUCCAACCAUCGAAUGGGUCAUUUCACCCGAAGCCACCCACUCAGACCAACCACCAACUACUACAGUGACGAACAGUGACCACACAUUCACCAGCAGCCGCAACAUCACCCUGCGGGUACCUCCGGACUGGAAUGGACAAGUGGAUUGUCUGCUGAACAAUGGAAUGAGGGGACAGAGACAGGAGAGGAUCCCUUUUGAUUUAGGCAGUCAAAACAAAGAAAAGGAUGGGAAAAGACAGUCACGGUCAGGGGCCACAGUUGCUAUCAUUUUUGUAAUGCUCAUUCCCUGCAUCGCUUUUGCUGCAGUCAUGUGGAGAAAAAGGUUAAAGGCUAACAGGACAGAUGAACCCGUUUAAUGAUUUGGCCUUCCAACAAGCAUCUUAAACUGCCUGUGGACUUCUAGCAUGAGAGCAUUAUAUAUAAAAAAAUCUGCAUUCCUUGCAUCUGACCUUCAGAGAGCUAACAGUGAAUUAAGCUAAAACUGGCUGUCCAACUACCUGUCGAAUUUAUGUUUCUUUCCAAUGUCAGAACUCAGCACUUUAACUUUGUGUAUGAAUCUUCAAGCUAAAUGCUUGUCCAAGCUGUGUUUAGGAGUAGGGGUUAUCACAAGAGCUGCCUCAGAGAAAUAGUUAAGUUUACAAAGAGACAAGAUGUCAACAAUGACACAGUUAACUACUGUAAAUUAGUUGUAACCCAGUGCAAUAAUACAGAUUUGCCUCAAGCAAAUCUAACCACUUUACCAGUGUAACAAGCUGGUUUGUUCUGGUGAGAGACCGUAGCUGAAAACAAGGAAAUGCCCUGUGGGAGAAAUGAAUCUCAGACCGAGGACUACAGUGCCAUCUAGUGUUCUUUGUGGGGAAGAGGGAAGGAGGGAGAGGUGUGUUUAAAUUUAAAAGGAGACGGUUUUUCAGAAUCAGAAUCAAGAAUGCAGUGGCAAACAAAACACAAUCACAUGAGGCCAAUUAGGUCUCACCAAGGAAUUUAGUAGAAAUUUCAGUCCGUUCAUUUUCUGCCCAGCAAAUGUGAACUGUGUAAUAUAUAGCUGACAUUAUCAUAUUCCAAAAUUAGGAUAUUUAUAUCUAUCUAUAUAUAAAGUGGGAAUUAGACAUAAUAAAUUACAUAAUAGACAUAAUAUAUUUACUGCAUGCUAUUUCUUAGUGUGCUUGCAGUUUUGCACAUGUUCAAUAUUUGUGAGUAAUUCAAAUGUUAUUUAUUGCUUACACAUUCACACAUAAAAUGCACACACAAUGCACUCAAUGGACAUCUACCCUCACACGUAGCUAAAAUACACUGUAUAGAUGUGAUUGUGGUAUAGUCCCUCUGUGGGUCAGCUGUGUGGUUUUGCAUCAGUGUUCUGUCUAUUUAUCAACAUGUGGUUUGCUUUAUGUUUAAUAUCUAAUGAGCCAAGUUGUUUUGUUGAAGAGUUUUGAAUAAUGUGCGUUCUAAUUUGUUCAUAUAUUUAUUGUUAUUCACUUAAUUAAAACUGAUGUUUUAAAGUUUA